AUGACACAUUUGUUUUCAGGAUCAAAGGCAAAGUCAAGUCUUCGGCUCGCUGAUGCUGUUAAAGAAAAAAGCACACAGCUAGAACCGAAGACAGGGCCUCUCUCUGUUUAUCAAAUUCCCCUUAAAGAGGAACAAACCAAUGUUCCUGGGUGCAAGCGUUUCACUUUUGGGAACCGUGACAAAUGUAGUCGUACCAUCAUGGUUCUCGGAGCAACUGGGGCUGGGAAGACAACUCUGAUCAAUGGAAUGAUCAAUCACAUUUUAGGUGUCGAAUGGAAUGAUUCAUUUCGGUUUAAGUUAGUUGAUGAGGGUCAGUCGAAAUCUCAAGCUCACAGUCAGACUUCUGACGUCACUGUGUACAAAAUCAACCACCAGGAAGGCUUUAAAAUCGAGUACUCUCUGACCAUUGUGGACACUCCAGGUUUUGGAGAUACAAGAGGCAUAGAAAGAGACAGAAUGAUCACAGAGCAGCUACGUAAUCUCUUCUCUUCUGACCUUGGUGUCAGUGAAAUUGAUGCUAUAUGUUUUGUAGCUCAAGCUUCGUUAGCACGACUCACACCAUCACAGAAGUAUGUAUUUGAUUCUGUGCUUUCAAUCUUUGGCAAAGAUGUGGCAGAAAACAUCAGAGUUCUGGUGACAUUUGCAGAUGGCCAACGUCCACCAGUUCUAGAGGCAAUCAAUGAAUCAGGUGCCCCAUGUCCCAAAGGAAAAGACGGGCUGCCAGUUAACUUCAAAUUCAAUAACUCAGCCUUAUUUGCAAACAUAUCAUCUGCAGCAAACAGCAUAGAUGGAGAAGAUGAAGAAGGAGGGUUCGAUCAGAUGUUUUGGAACAUGGGGACAAAAAGUAUGAAAAGGUUUUUUGCCGCUCUGAAUGUCAUAGAAACCAAAAGCUUGAAAAUGACCAAAGAGGUCCUCAGAGAAAGAAAACAGCUGGAGACUUCAGUUGAAAAUUUGCAGCAGCAGGUUAAACUUGGGUUAGCCAAGCUUGAAGAGAUAAAAGAGACAUCUGGAAAACUGAAAGAGCAUGAGGCAGAGAUCAGCAGGAAUGAGAAUUUUGAGUUUGAAGUCACCGUCAAAAAGCCUGUUCAAGAAGAUAUUUCUGGUACUGGAAACUACAUCACCAAUUGUCAGCAGUGCCACCAAACCUGCCACUAUCCUUGUGGCAUUCCAAAUGAUGAAGAUAAAAGUGGCUGUUGUGCAAUGGGUCCAGAUGGACAAUGUGAACAGUGCCCCGGCAAAUGUCAUUGGUCAGCACAUUUUAAUCAGAAGUACAGAUGGGACUAUAAGGAGGUUAAAGAAAAGCGAACAGUGAAAGAGCUGCAAGAAAAGUACUUAAAGGCUGCAGAGGCUAAGACACCUGUUCAGGCUUUGAUUGAUAAACUGAAGGCUGAAUAUGAUCAUGUGCAGGCAGAGGUGGUGAAAUUGAUGGAGAAGUCUGGAAAGUGUUUAAACAGACUCAAAGAGAUAGCGCUCAAGCCAAAUCCUCUCUCCACACCAGAGUACAUUGACAUGCUUAUUGAGGGAGAGAAAACUGAGGCCAAACCGGGGUGGAAGGAACGAGUCCAGGCCCUGAUAACCAUGAGAGAAAGAGCAGAGUACUUGGCUAAAGUAGACAGAGGAGAGAACCUCCUCAAGAGUGCGUAA